GCAUAACCGGUUUUAAAGUUGAAGUUAUAAAUCGCAAUUUCCAUUAAUUCACACGAUUAAUAUGCUACAGAAUAUCGAUUAUAUGAAAAAGAAGGCAUCAAUGUUAAUGAGACAUUGAAUUGUUAAAUAGAAGUAAAAGCCACCGAAAUUCGUACGUUGAAAUUAAUAAGUUCGAUUUAUACAAUUAAAAUUGCAAAUGGAACGCAACAAUAUUUCGUAUGAAUGCUUUAUAUAAAAGGAGCGAGUGUCGAAGCCUAGCAUUUUGCUAGCGUCGAUCCUAGACACCGUAGGUGGAUCAGAGAAAUUGAUUUUGCCGAAGGGAGGAAGUAUAGGUAAAAGUUGCUACCAAGGCCGAAGUGAUAUUCUAACAAUGAAUAUGACGAGCGAUUCGAAAAAGAGCGAUGGUCAGAUACGAAAUUUCUACGCCGGGAAACACGUAUUUCUCACGGGGUGCACCGGUUUCUACGGCAGCCUCAUUUUGGAGAAGCUCCUGAGGACGUGCACCGAAAUUGGCAACGUUUACAUUAUGACCAGAGAGAAGAAGAAUUUGUCUAUACAAGAACGAACGGAGGAGUUUUUCAAAGACAAAGUAAGUAAUAAACGUUUUCUCUCUCAAACGUUUUCGUACAAAUCCGACUUGGGCCUCUCGACGGAGGAUCGUCAGCGUUUGGUGAACAACGUGAACAUAAUUAUUCACAACGCGUCGGUGGUGUACUUCGAGGCGAAGGUGUCUCUUAUUUUGCGAACCAACGUGCUCGGAACGCAGAAGAUGCUCGAACUAGCGGCUGAAUGCCCGAGCUUGAACGCGUUCGUGUACGUGUCGACCGCAUACUCUCAUCAUUACACAAAUCCGAUCGAAGAAAAAUUUUACGCACCCCCGGGCGAUUUAAAGAUGGUCGAGGACAUCAUACGAGCCGACGAGGAGAACGCUGCCGGACUUUCGAAGGAAGCGCUUAACGAUAUAGUAGGGAAAUGGUUGAACCAGUACGCGUUCAGCAAAGCCGUCGCGGAGGGUAUAGUCGAAGACUUUGCUAGGCGAAGAUCGCUCCCGUGCUUGAUCUACAGGCCUUCUAUAAGUACGGGUUCAUCAUGAACUUUUAAAACAGCUCAUAAUCAUCUCGUAUCAUUAUUACACAUUUGCACGUUCAGGUAUUGUCCCUGUAUAAGUACAGGUAACCCUCCUAUAACACGGUAGAUAGGUUCCUAGAAAA